AUGGCCCAAGUCCUACAACUGGUUCAAGGCAUGGCAAUGAGCUACGAGACGAAAAUGAAAGACCGCCUGAAGGCGUACGAGAACAAGAUUGAGGCAUUACUGGAGAUUGCCAAAAGAACGUGGAGCGUGGAGCGCAUUGUGGCCUUGGAAACCCAGAAUCAACGUAUGAUGGAACUGAUCAAGAACAUUCCUCGGCCGGCGUCCCGACCGUCUCCUCCCAGAAGCUCGGUGAACCCUAGUAGCUCCGCUUCCCAACCGUCGAACUUAUCGCAGUCCGACAUUAUAGUCGAUCUCAGUCAGACCAACGUGCAGAGGCGAGCGGGAGAGGUGCACCAAGUCAAGCUCUCCUUCGCUUCGGAGGAAAUGGCCAAGACAGCGCGACAGCACGUCCAGUGGCUGCAAGCGGAUCGGUUUGACCAGGCCCGCAUGCUCGGAGAACAAUCCGGUCAAGGUUGA